GCCAAUCAGUUUGUGGUUAUGCGCUUUGGAAACAGACAUCAACUUCUUCAUGAAGGGAUAGGAUAUUUUAUUUUGUUAAUUUGAUAUUUAAUAUGUCGAACGAUCGCGUAAUGGACUGGAAAGAGGUUCUUAAACACAGACUUUCCGCUUCUAAGAAAGCUGAAAAGAUGGAGGAAGAGAAGAAGGAAGAAGAGAUGGCAAUGUUUACCAAGAAUUACAUGGAAUGGAAAGUGGGAGGAAAAAGAGAUUAUUCCUAUAACAAUAUACCAAGAUUUUACUACAGGCUGCCAGCCGAAGAUGAGGUUUUGCAGCAGAAGUUACGUGAGGAAUCAAGAGCAGUCUUCCUCCAGAGGAAAAGUCGUGAGCUGCUGGAUAAUGAAGAAUUGCAGAACCUGUGGUUCCUGUUGGACAAACACCAGACACCACCAAUGAUAGGGGAGGAAGCAAUGAUUAAUUAUGACAACUUCUUAAAAGUCAGGGAAAAAGCAGGAGCGAAAUGCACGCAGUUCUUCACCGCCAGGGUUUUUGCCAAACUGUUACACAGCGACCCAUAUGGAAGGAUCUCAAUAAUGCAGUUCUUUAACUAUGUAAUGCGAAAAGUAUGGCUUCAUCAGACCAGGAUUGGCCUUAGCCUGUAUGACGUUGCUGGCCAAGGCUAUCUCAGAGAGUCGGUGGGUGUUUUAAUAAAUUUCUUGGCUUGGCUGAACGCACAGAACGUGAAGCUGCAGAGGUGUAAUGGCAAGAUUAAAAUCCAGGAUAUUUUAGCCUGCAGUUUCCUGGAUGAUUUACUAGAGCUAAGAGAUGAGGAACUUUCUAAAGAGAGUCAAGAAUCAAACUGGUUUUCGGCUCCUUCAGCACUGCGUGUUUAUGGUCAGUAUUUAAAUCUAGACAAAGACCACAAUGGGAUGUUGAGCAAGGAGGAGCUGUCUCGCUAUGGCACAGGAACCUUCACCGAUGUCUUUCUUGACCAAGUCUAUCAGGAGUGCCUCACUUACGAUGGAGAGAUGGAUUACAAGACCUAUCUUGAUUUUGUGCUGGCUCUGGAGAACAGGAAAGAACCUGCUGCUCUCCAGUACAUUUUUAAGUUGCUGGACAUUGAAAACAAGGGUUACCUCAAUGUCUUCACACUCAACUACUUUUUCAGGGCCAUCCAGGAACAAAUGAAAUUACAUGGACAGGAGCAAGUAUCUUUCCAAGAUGUAAAGGAUGAAAUCUUUGACAUGGUGAAGCCCAAGGACCCUUGUAAGAUCACCCUUCAGGAUUUAGUGAACAGCAGCCAGGGAGACACUGUCACUAGUAUCCUCAUUGACCUAAAUGGCUUUUGGACCUAUGAAAACAGAGAAGUCCUUGUGGCUAAUGACAAUGACAGCAGUGCUGAUCUGGAUGAUACAUGAAACUUCUACUUAUAAAAACUGCAUAGCAAAAUCAUUCUCUCCCUACCAGUGAAUCUGGCCACUGUUACUUUAUCUUGGUAAACAUAUCAAAAUAUUUGUAACCUUCAAAUUGCAGAAGCAGACUAUCACUCACCUCCCCAAACACCUGCUGUAUGCAACAAUUAAUGCACUUUAAAUAUAUGAGCAAAAUCUACUGUUUAACUAACAUUAAGGGGUCAUUAUUUGGAUCGCUCAUGACCAAACAAGUUGCACCUUGGAACCAAGCAAGGAAAAUUUAUUACUGUAGCUUUAUAACCCCUAGGGUCUACACCUGCCAUUUUAUUUAUGAACAUAUUCAAUUAAAAAUGUCAUGGUUGUGGCUGUCUAAGCUGGAUUCAACCUAAAAGGUUGUUUUAGUUGGCUGUUGCUGGAGAUCAGCUGUACAAGGAAAACAUUGCAAAUUAUAGUAGCCUAUUAAUAUUUUAAUUACAUUCUCACAGUGACAUUGCUGUACAUGAUAUACAGUACCUAAAUACAGGUCUGAUUAAUAAAGUUUAAGCUGUAUUAUAUACAAAAUAAAAUGCAAAGCAUUUUUUAUUGAAUUAUAAAAUCCUUCCCCUUUUUAAUCAUUUGCAUAAAUAAAUUAUAAAAUUGAUUUAUAGAAAAAGGUGUCUGUGGUGGAGUCAAACAAAGUGCAAAACUGAUUCCACUGUGUUAUUUUUAGUUCUAUACUUCAUGAAAAGUUGUAAUUUAAGACACGCACUUCAUUUUCCAAGAAUCGGUUGCAAAAGUUUUGCAAAUAAAUAUUCUACGUUUAAUUUUAAUAGCUGUGAAAAAUGACGUCAAUCUAAUUCCCUUAAACACAACACACAUGUAUACUGUUGUCUUAUUAGGGUUUUAUAUAACAAAUAUAUAA